UGCCGUUAAUCGGCCCAAUUUACUCAGCUUUUAGAUAAGUGUUUUUUUUUUAACACUCCCAUUUCAGCAAUCGUUUGCGCGGGAAAAAAAAAAAAAAACCACACAGCACUCGAAGAGAGGGUAGAGAGGGAGAGGGAAGAAGAAGAAGAAGAAAUGGGAAAUCAAAGAGAAGCCAAACCCAAAAGAGAAUUCCCAGCAUUUCCAUUCGAUCCGUAUUCAAUCCAGACCGAGUUCAUGAACUUCCUCUACGAUUCCCUCUACAACGGCGACAAAAUCUCCAUGCUCGAGAGCCCCACUGGGACUGGAAAAACCCUAAGCAUAAUCUGCAGCGCUCUUCAGUGGCUGGUCGAUCGAAGGAAAAGCCCUAGUCUCAACGGAUCGUUCGCCACGGGGGAUGACGAAGAACCCGAUUGGAUGAGGGAUUUUGUAGUUACAGCCCCAGAUAGGGCGAAAGCGAGGAAGAGAAGGGAAACCCGAAAGAAGAAACUAGGGUUUGGAAUUGGGGAUUCUGAAAACAAAAACCCUCAUUCAAAUCCGAACAAGACCCAAGAAACAAAAUCAGUGAUUUCAGAGGAGGAUGGAUCGGAGUUUUUGUUGGACGAUUAUGAGAGUGAGGAUGAGCACGGAUGGAAGAGGAAGGGAAGGGAAAUUUCAGAUUGGAGCAGUAGUGAUGACGAAAGUGAAGAAAAGAAGAGAUUUUUCCAUUAAAGUCGAACACAUUCACAGUUAUCACAGUUUGUGAAGGAAUUUAGAAGGACUACAUUUGCUUCUGAACUUAAUUUGGUGUGUUUGGGUUCGAGGAAGAAUAUGUGCAAUAAUCCUGAUGUUGCGAAGCUGGGGAAUUCGAAUACGAUCAACGAGAAGUGCUUGGAGCUGCAGAAGAAUUGCAAGAAUUCCAAAGCUAAGACUAAUGGCGGGAAGAGUCGCUCAAAGGCUUCUUGUGGUUGUCCAAUGUUGAGAAAACAAAAUCUGCGAGAACAUUUCAUAAAUGAGGCUUGGGAGCAUGAUGCUCUGGACAUUGAGGAUCUCGUGCAGCUGGGGACCAAGAUUGGUACUUGCCCAUACUAUGGCUCUCGUGAUAUGGUGCAAGAAGCUGAUGUUGUGGUCCUUCCCUAUCAAGCUCUUCUCUUGCAAUCUGCUCGGGAGUCACUUGGUUUGAAUUUGAAAAACAAUGUCAUUAUUAUAGACGAGGCGCAUAAUUUGGCAGACUCCCUCACUAGCAUGUACAACUCAAAAAUCAACAUACCACAGUUGAAGCAGGUCCUCUCCUGUCUUGAGAAGUAUCUUGACAGAUUCAGAAUUCUUUUGGGAGCUGGAAAUAGACGAUACAUACAGACCCUGAUAGCAUUAACUAAGUCUUUUCUUCAAUUAUUGCUUGGCUACCAGGAGGAAUCUGGUGAUGUCUCGAUGACUAUAAAUGAGUUCAUGUUUUCUCUUGAUAUUGACAACAUUAACUUGGUAAAGCUUCAUCGCUAUGUGAAGGAAAGCAACAUUAUUCAUAAGAUUAGUGGAUAUUCAAUGAAAUUGGUCUGCUCAGAGACUUCAAUCAUGCAUGUUGAGAGCCAGACCCAUAUUGCACAAGGCAGCGUUGUUUCAGGCUUUCAGGCAUUACUUGAUAUCUUAAUUUCACUCAUAAAUAAUGACAGUGAAGGAAGGAUAAUUGUUUCAAGGCAAAAGUUUCCUCAUUCUGGGCAGAGUGAAGAAGGCCACAUUAAAUUUGUCAUGCUUUCUGGAGAGAGAAUCUUCUCUGAGAUUAUGUCUCAAGCAUAUGCUAUUGUUUUGGCUGGGGGCACUCUACAACCUAUCGAUGAGACAAGGGUACGCUUGUUCCCUGGACUUUCUGUUGAUCAGGUUAAAUUCUUCACUUGCAAGCAUAUCGUUCCUCCAGAAAGUAUAUUGCCCAUUGCAGUUUCUCGCGGGCCUUCUGGCAAGGCUUUUGAUUUCAGUUUCAACUCUAGAAGCUCUCCAUGUAUGAUAGAAGAGCUAGGGCGAUUGCUUGCAAAUCUCGUUACUGUCAUACCUGAAGGAAUUGUUAUGUUUUUCUCUUCAUUUGACUAUGAAGGGCAGGUAUAUGAUGCAUGGAACUUUUCAGGCAUUCUUCCAAGAAUUCUCAAGAAGAAACAUCUAUUUAGAGAACCUAGGAGCAAUAAUGAUGUUGAACAUGUACUUAAUGAAUACAAAGAAAUCAUAACAUCUUCACGUGGUAUUAGAAAAGAAGAUCCAGGACCAAAUGGGGCUUUGCUUUUAGCUGUUGUUGGUGGAAAGAUUUCUGAAGGUAUAAACUUCAGUGACGGUAUGUGUCGUUGCAUUGUUAUGGUUGGACUUCCCUAUCCAAGUCCAUUGGAUGCAGAACUGAUGGAAAGAGUAAAGCAUAUAGAAAGGCUUGGAGAACCAACCUCAUGUAGACCCAGAGAGCCUUCCAAUGGCACAUUGUGUGUCCAUACUACAGUUCAGUCUGGUUUUGAGAUCUUAAGAAGCUGUAAGCAAAGAGGAAGGGAAUACUAUGACAACUUGUGCAUGAAGGCUGUAAACCAAUCAAUAGGUCGAGCAAUUAGGCAUAUAAAUGACUAUGCCGCAGUUUUGUUGGUCGACUCACGUUAUGCAUCCAAUUCAUCAAAUCAUAAUAUCUUACACCCUACUGACAAGCUUCCUCUGUGGAUAAAGGAGCGCCUUGUUUCUGCAACAGAAAACUAUGGAGAAGUGCACAAGUUACUUCAUCAGUUCUUCAUAUGCAAUAAACAGAGGGGGUGUAGAUAGAAGUUCCAACAUAAAAAAGAAAGUUUGAGAUUGUACAGUGAUUUUCUCUUGAUACCUCUGAGUGGAUUCCUCGAUCUGACACAUGAUUGAAAAACUUCUGAGGAGGGAGUUCAGUUACUGAGGAAAGAGCGCACAAACUUCCUCAAUUCUUUUCAUCCUCUUCCCUUGGCACUGAAGAGGAAAGAAAGGUCAUAUUACCUUUCCACUUAAAUUGCUCCCGCAAUAGAGUUUCCUGUCCUUUCAGAAUGUUUUUUUUUUAAAUUUCUUUUUAUUUAUAUCUUUUAAAUAGCUAUCUUUUUUUGACAGUAACUCUGGCAUUCUGUCAUGUUUAUAUUUAUUUUAAGUAGUUUCUUUAGUUU